ACCAUGACAAGCUAUCAACACCGCAAUGGCUCCCAAAAUCGCCCUAAUCACCGGAUGCAGCACUGGCAUUGGCCAUGCUCUGGCCGUUGAGUUCGCUUCUCGUGGAUAUCAAGUGAUUGCAACUGCCAGAAAUACGGCAAGUCUCAAGCAGCUAGAACUCGAUCAUUCAAACAUCAAAGCACUUGCGUUGGAUGUAUGCGACGGAGACAGCAUUGAUCGCCUGUACGAUGAGGUCAGCGUGCUGGCCAAUGGCGGUCUGGCAUACCUUGUGAACAAUGCCGGCGCACAUUACGCUGCUCCAGCGAUCGAGUUGGAGGCUGAUCGUAUUCGGAAUGUCUUCGAGACGAAUGUCGUCGGAGUAAUGCGAAUGUGUGCCAAAUUCUCGAAGCUGCUCAUUGCCGGACGUGGAACGAUCGUGCAGAUAGGCAGCGUCACGCGCGCUGUCCCGGUCGUGUGGCAGAGCCCAUACAAUGCCACAAAAGCAGCCUUGAGUCAAUACACCAAGACUUUACGUCUGGAACUCCAGCCCUUCGGUGUCCAUGUCUGCGAGGUCGUCACGGGUUAUGUCCAGAGCAACAUCUUGCGCGAUGGCCUGCAAAGCGCCCCGGACUCCCUGUACACGCCCAUCAAAGAUCACAUUGAAACCAUGAAGAAUAAGGGCAACAGCAAUGGCAUGCCGGCAGCAGUCUACGCUCGAAGAGUUGUGGACAAGCUGGUGCGGAAAAAUCCUCCCCCAGAAUUCUGGGAAGGCGCACAAAGUUGGUAUCUAUAUUAUAUCACGACGUGGAUACCAACCUGGAUCAGUCACAAAAUAUUCUAUGCUGUGUUCAAACUUGCUAAGCUGCGGCGGUGAUGCGGAGCUAUUUUGUAAUCUAUUAUCGAAUAUAGUUCCAUGGCGAUGUGCGACACAAAGGCUGCUCAUUGCGAUUUGUUCUUCUUUUGCUGGACACCGGCACACAUUCCAAACUGGAACGCCAACUUUCCACCGAGACCUGCGCCGAAGAACAUUAGCCCACAGAAGAUAGCCUCCAACGCGACGAUUCGGGG